UUAAUCCAUACAUUACUUAUUCCUGUAUAACUAAUACCAACCUAACUCUAACCGGCAACCAAACGACCCUUUAGGUAAUUUAAUUGGCUCAUAUAUUAGUGUAAAAUCAACGGCCCAUUAUCCCAUUUCAAAUUCAAAAACACCAGUCUUUGCCCUACUUUCUCGAAGAAGAAGAAAGAAGAGGCAAAAUCGCCAUUACAAACGCCAUAAUGGGAAAGCAUAGAGUGAAAACCGACUAUGAAGAAGUCCGUAAAGCUCAAAUCUUAGAAAACCAGGCUCGAUUAGCCAGUGUUGGACUUUCAAAAACCAUAGCAGAGCUUCGAAAUAUCACUGGUAAACUACAAACAGAGAAGAAAAAACAUAACAAAAUUGACUACUUCUCCACUCCUUUGCGUCGUUCCAAACGAUUAAAAGGAGGUAAUGAAUCCAAGGUUGAGAAUGAGAAGAGUAGGGCUGCAGAGACUGAUAAGCCAAAGAGGCCUACAACUGCUUUCUUCAUUUUCAUGGAAGAGUUCAGAGAGCAGUACAAAGAAAAGUAUCCCAACAACAAAUCUGUUGCUGCUGUGGGUAAAGCUGCUGGGGAGAAGUGGAAAUCCUUUUCAGAUGCAGAGAAAGCUCCAUAUCAAGCAAAGAUAGACGAAAUGAUGGCUGAAUACCAAAACAAAAUGCAGGCUUAUAACAUUAACAAAAAACAACAGGCUGUUGAUGUUUCUGCAUUACCAAGAGCAUUAAGAUUAAUAGCAGAUUGAAGUAACAUUAUUAGCAGAUGAUGAUGUGAAGAAAAUGGGUGUAGGAUAAAAUGCUUUUGGUAUUUCUUUCCUGGUUUAUUUUGGGGUUUAAUUAGUUGGGAAAGAGAAAGAAAAUAGAUGUGAGCUGGUUUAAGGGUUCCAGUUGUUUAUGUACUCUAUUUUGUUGGUGCUUAAUGAUAAUUCAACUUGGGCUUGUUCGCCAGCAAUUAGCAAAGCCAAAAA